UGAAGGUGCAGGUGACGGAAGAAUCACAGGAUUGUCCAGCCUCGGCCCACCGCCGGUCCCCGCGACCGCCUCCAUUAUUUCACAUGCGCCGUCCGUCGAAUACUCCGGGGUAGCUCGCCUGAAUCCUGCAAUCCUGAAUUCUGAAUCCCCGGGUCGGACUUUAUUAAUACAUCUUUUGAUCCUCAUCACUCAGUUCUUCUUUGAACUCUCCGAUCCUCCUUCGAUAAUUCUACGGUCCUUUCAGCACCCUCUGGCAUUCCUUGAAGAGUUAACUUCCAUCUCUGUUAUCAACCGCCAACAUGAGUCUCAAGAACGACGCAUUUCCCUCCUCCGCCGCAUUCGAUGUGAUCAACGCUGCCCUGCAGUCGGACGCCGGCGAGCGCAAAGACGCCAUUGAUAAGGCCAAGGCCGUGGUCUCCUUCAGCCUCAAAAACUCCGAGGGUAAAGAGGAGAGUUGGUACCUAGAUCUCAAGGACAAGGGAGUCGUGGGAAAGGGGGCCGCCCCCCAGGGUGAAAAAGCUGACGUCACUCUCUCGCUUUCUGAUGAGGACUUCGGCUCCCUUGUUAGCGGCAAGGCCAAUGCUCAGCGCUUAUUCAUGGGUGGUAAGCUCAAGAUCAAGGGCAACAUCAUGAAGGCGACCAAGAUGGAGCCUGUUUUGAAGAAGGCCCAGAGCAAGGCCAAGCUAUAGAUACCCUUUUGUUUUUCUGGAUCGAUUCUUUUUCGUCUUACACGCGUUUCUCUGCCCUUCCUGUAUAGCUACUUCCAGCAGAAGAUUGAUAGGCCAACUUAAGAAUUUAGAAGGACUUGCAUACUCAGCAUAACUAUC